AUGAAGACCCAGCAGUAUACAGUCGGAUGGAUCUGCGCGAUUCCGACUGAGGCUGUCGCCGCCUGUGCGAUGCUCGACGAAGAGCAUCCGCCUUUAGAAGAACAGCCCCGAAACGACAAUAACGCAUAUACCCUAGGUAGUAUCGGACACCACAACGUAGUCAUCGCUUGUUUACCCAAGGGGAAAUAUGGAAUUGCCUCUACUGCCAGUUUGGUUACCGACAUGCUCAAUACAUUCGAGUCCAUCCGUUUCGGACUCAUGGUGGGUAUCGGUGGAGGGGCCCCGGAUGACGAAAAUAAUAUGCGCUUGGGAGAUGUAGUUGUUGGCGCUUCGCCGACGCGGCAUGGAGGCGUCAUCCCUUAUGACUUCGGCAGAGCAGUACAAGGGCAAGAAUUUGAAAUUACGCGCUCGCUGAACUCGCCUCCCAAAUCACUAUUGACCGCCCUCUCCCAACUAGACACGUUCCAUCAGCUGAAAGGCAUGGGACGGAUUAAUGACUUCUUGUCGCGAAUCACUGAGAACCCGCGGUUGAAAAAGCGAUAUGCACGGCCAAGUUCCGAUGAUGAUCGCUUGUAUCGCGCAGAUUAUGUUCAUCCUCAGGAAAAUUUGUUAUGUGCAGCUGUAUGUGAUACGCACGAACUACAGCAAAGAAAGGAAAGAGAUACUCUGCCGGGAGACAAUUUUGUAGUGCAUUAUGGAGUAAUUGCUUCUGGAGACAAAGUUAUCAGAGAUGCUAUAAUAAGGGACAAAUUAAGACAGAAGCACGAUAUUCUCUGCUUUGAAAUGGAAGCCGCUGGGCUAACGGAUAACUUUCCUUGCUUGGUUAUUCGGGGGAUCUGCGACUAUUCAGACUCGCACAAGAAUGAUCUCUGGCAGGGCUACGCAGCAGCGACAGCGGCAGCGUAUGCAAAGGAGCUUCUGCACAUUAUUUCACCGGCCAAGGUCAUGCAUGAAACCACGGCGGCGAUAGUCCAGACUAUGGUCAGCAGAUCGGAGCAUACUGCUACGUGGUCUGAUUUUUAUCAAGUGGGUGGCAGAAACGUCCAAGGUAGGGUGGAAAUACAUGAACAGCUAUAA